AGAUGUGACCUUAAAAGUCUUAUGGCACUGGUUAACCAUGUUUUAGAAAGUGUCUGCUGUCUUUAUCAGGCACACGGGUAACUAUCGUCUUCUCUUUCAAACUACCGCGUAUGCAGCACAUUCGUGUCUCACAAACAUCUGAGCUUGUACGCAAAAUUUACGCGGCAAAAAAUUAUAGAAAACCUAUAAGUUUAUUUUUAAAUAUAAUGGAAGGCAAAGGAAAUCAGGAUAUAACAGAAGAGUGUAAUAAAGAAAAUAUAGAUCACGAGAAUAUCGAAAAGGCAGAUUCCGAUAAAAAAUCAGAAAUACCCAAAUAUAAAUUUAGCGACUUCUCGCUUGACAAAAAUGUCAAUACAUUUCUUCUGAUAUGUGUAAUAGGGGUAUCGUUAGGGAUAUUAUUAGAGGUAAUGAACGUGCAAAAUAGAGAAAAAACCAAAGAUGAAGUACCUAAGAGACGCUACUGGGUUUAUUCUGCCUACAGCGACGUCGAGAACAAAAAUGGUGUUUUAAAACACGUCCAUAUUGUUUUAGACAGGGUCGGAUACGAAAAAUCGACAAAUAAGACAGACUGGUCGCUACUAUGGUCGCAUGACUACCCCUUCAGAUCCUUAUACCCAAACAUGCAUAAACUAAAACGGCACCAAAAGGUAAAUCAUUUUCCCGGCAUUGGAUUUAUAACCAACAAAGUUGAUUUAGCCACGUCUAAGAGUGAGUACAUACCGAGGGCUUUCAAACUACCACAAAAUAAGGCCGAGUUCUUAAGCUAUGCAUCAGUGAAUAAAAACGCAUUGUUUUUGGAGAAGCACAAUCAGCAUCGAGGUGUUUACUUGAAGAACGUGAGUGAAAUAGAUUUUAGCGGGGAAAGUUUUGUUCAAGAGUUUGUGCAAAAACCGUUUUUAGUGGAUGGUCAUAAGUUUGAUAUUGGCGUGUACGUGGUCUUAACUUCUGUUGACCCGCUGAGAGUGUAUUGGUAUAAAGGUGACGUGCUAUUUAGAUACUGUCCAGCGAAAUACUACCCGUUUGAUCCGAAGAAUUUGGACAAAUAUGUUAUAGGAGACGAUUACUUGCCAACGUGGGAGGUGCCCUCGUUGGCCCAUCCAUACACCGCUCUGGGAUUUAGUAUGAAGGACUCAUUCGACGUGUACGCUAAAUCGAAAGGCAAGGACACAACUAAAAUGUGGGAGGAUGUACAAAAAGCAAUCGCAGAUGUAUUCGUGAAGAAAGAAUAUCAUGUCAUUCAGGCUCUUAAAAGUUAUCCAUCAAGUGACAAUUACUUCGAAAUGAUGCGUUUCGACCUAGUGGUGGACGAGGACCUAAAAGUGUAUUUGUUGGAAGCCAACAUGUCGCCCAACUUGUCAUCCGCCCACUAUCCACCCAACCAGCUAUUGUACGAACAAGUGCUCUACAACUUGAUGGGUUUGGUUGGCGUUGCUGACCAUGUUAAGAAAGAUUGGAAUCACGGAGAAAAUACAGGCGCUCAAAACAUGGUGUCGACGCAAAAGAACAUAGCCGUGUGGGGCGAACAAUGCAGUACAGUCUGCAAAGAAAAUUGUGAUUCCCAUGAACUAUGCGAAUUGUGUCGGCCCUGCUUGAACACUAAACUAAGAAAUAGCUUCUUGAAGGCACACAGAGAACACCUUCACAAAGGAGACUUUAGGAGGCUAUUCCCCCCACCGACGAAACCCAGUACAAAAACUCAGGAUGUGCUUAAAAAUUUGACAAAGAUGAACAGACUUCAAUAUCUCUGGUACCAGGGGAAAUGCAACACAGAUAUAACAUGGUGUACAUAAACAAAUGUAUUACAUAA